AUGGUUGCCAUUAACCUUUUCCGAGAACCCCAAUUUGGUAACAGACUCCACAGAAAUGUGCCAUGCACACACGUAUGCGCUUUACUUGCGGCAAUUUCCGCCUAUGCGGCACUCUUCUGCCCCGAGGAGGUGAAUAAGCAAUGGAACAAUGAAGGCUUCAAUGACAAAUUGCCAUCGGAGCACUUCCAAAUACUCGCUUUGACGUAUGUUGAUGAAGCACUAAAGGAGUGUGGCGAUGAGCCGCCCUCACUGUGCAUUUUACAAGCACUUGUCAUUGCAACCCAUCUUCAGCUCACACAGGGUGUGCGUGGAAAGGCUUGGAGGUCCCUCGGUAUAUGUGUACGAUUAGCCUAUGAGUUAAACCUACACUUGGUUGACUUCGAUCGCGAACAGAUUGACAGUAUUGACGUGGAGAAAUGGUGCUGGAGAGAAGAAAAGAGACGUGCUUGGUGGGCCAUUUGGGAAAUGGAUGUUUUUGCUAGCACAAUUCGACGUACUCCUUCUGCAAUUGAUUGGACGCAAAUGGAGACACUCCUCCCGGUGGAAGACAAAUAUUGGUUUGGCGGCCGAGUCCAGCCCAGUUGCUUCAUGGAACGGGGUCCAAUCAAUCGAUGGAAAGCCCUUCACGAGUCUGGCAACCGGUCACCGAAAGCGUGGUUCCUAAUGCCCAAACGAUUUCAAGCCCACGAAGCAUUCCGAAUCCUACUCCUUGCCACAAAGAUCAUCCGCAAAAAGGUGAAUUGCAAGAUGGGCUAA